UAUAAAUUAAGAGAAUAAACCAACUUUAUUAUUUUAAAUAAUGAGCAAGCAUCCAAUUCAGAAUUAUUAAAUUUUAAAGGUCAUUGGCAAGGGAGCAUUCGCUAUAGUUUAUCAAGGUUAACAUCUAAAAACUAAGGAGAUAGUAGCGAUCAAAUAAAUUAGUACAGACAUGUAAGAAGGUCCCCAUAAAAACAAAAUGUUAGAGCUGUUUAACUAAGAAAUUCAAAUUAUGAAAUCCAUUAAACAUUAAAACAUAGUAUAAUUGAAGGAAGUACAAUAUACUUCUGAUUCAAUUAAUAUGAUACUUGAGUAUUGUGCUCUUGGUGAUUUAGAAAAGUACAUCAAAAAGAAUUCUGCAAAAAAUAGAUUGCCUGAAAAUGAAGCUAAACCUAUUAUACUAUAAUUAUUGGAUGCUAUGAAAAUAUUGCGUUUAAAAAAUGUCGUUCAUCGAGAUCUCAAACUUGCUAAUAUUCUCAUAAAUGAAUAAAUGUAAAUAAAAUUAGGGGAUUUUGGAUUUGCUAAAUCAGUAACUACUGAUUUACUUGAAUCCUAUUGUGGAACUCCGAUUACGAUGGCUCCGGAAAUACUUAAGAAAUAUGAUAAUUAUGAUCACAAAUGUGAUAUUUGGUCUUUAGGCAUAAUGAUUUAUUAAAUCCUUUAUGGAUAACCACCGUUUGUUUCAAAAAAAGGAACGGUCACAGAUCUAAUUAAUGAAAUUGAAAAAUAAAAUAUUAAUUUUCCAGAAUAACUUGGAAUCUCUUCUGAAUGCGUUGACUUAAUACGCAAAAUGCUAGUUGAGGAUCCUAAAAAAAGAGCAUCUUUUGAAGACAUAUUUAGACAUCCAUGGUGCCUAACAGAAGUUAUUGAUUUGAGAAAAUCAAUUCUAUAGACUUAUGUCCCACAACAUCAAGAGUUUAUGGUCAAUUUAUCUUUUACAGUUUAAUAGUAAAUUAGUCAGCUAGUCUCGAUAUCACGAUUGAUUUAGUCAAUUGAGAAUAAAUAUCAGGAAUUUGCUGAGUAUUGUGUUAACUUUCGAAGUGUUUUGUCUAAUGCUUUCUCAUCAGUUCAACUAAAUAUUACUUACUCUAACUAAAAGGUUUGCAUUAAGCCAGAAAACUUCAAAUACUUCAAUUAUUAAUAAGAAUUGCUAAUAUUUUUAGCUAACUUAUAUGAAACAGCUAUUCAAAGUAAGAAUAAUAAUAUCCUUGAUUUUCUUGAUUUGGGUGUAUAGGAUUACUAAAUAUCAAACUAUUUUUCAAUUUUAUAUGAAGAAUAUACUGUGACCUUACUCGAGGAAAUGAAAAAUUUGAAAUUAUCUCAAGAAAAAAAUAAAGGGAAGGCAUUAACAUAAAUAGAGGACACAAGAGGCUUAAAUAAAUUUGUAAAAUCAGAUUUAAACACUUUAAUUGAACUUAUCAAAGAUAGAUUUAAGAAUUAUUGA